AUGGGAACAGCUGAGGGUAAAAGCAGCACGCCCUUCUCUACUACGUCUCUGCAUUGAUGAUGUUUAACCUCUAGACCACCAACCAGAUCUUUGGGCAAAGGCUCACAGGACUGGAACAAGCAAACAGCUCAUUGCGUCUCGUCUCCCCCUGUCUCUGCACCUCUCACCGCAUUUAUGGCUCCGAAGCAACAAUCCCCUUUCCGCUCUCACCUCCCACAGAUAUUUCUCAGCUUCCCUCUCUGCCGUUGCCUUCGUCACUGUUGAGUUUCUCAAUUUCUGGCUCGUGGCUUGCUGCCGCCGCCCGGCUGUGACAUGCUUUGUUUUUGUUUUUGUGGGGAUUUGAAAGGUUAUGGUUGCACAAAUAUCCGUUUUUGUUGGGUUUGGUUUCUACAAAUCUAAAUCUGGAGUGAUCUUCGCUUUUGUUUUUUCUUUGUCAAUGGCGUCAUUGCUGAGAGUGUAGCGCUGGAGGCUUGUUGUCUGCAACCUAGGUCACAUUAUUUCACCUUCUUUUUCCUGUGGAGAAGAAAUUUAGAGGAAAAAGAGAUAUCUUUGGCAUUUGGGUGGGUUCUAGUUAGAUUUGGUGUCGUGAAAUCUAAAUCUCGCAACAUUCUCGGCUUUGCGGUUGUGCCUUGGACCAGGAGUGAAGGAUGAGGAAGCAUGGAUGGCAGCUUCCUUAUCAUCCUCUCCAGGUGGUAGCGAUUGCUGUUUUUCUUGCUCUCGGGUUUGCUUUCUAUGUGUUCUUUGUUCCUUUCGUUGGGAAGAAGCUGUUUCAGUAUGUGGUAAUGGGGCUUUACACUCCUCUGGUUGUGUCUGUCUUCUUUUUAUACGUUUGGUGUGCUGCAACAGAUCCUGCUGAUCCUGGCAUUUUCAGACCAAAGAAAUCUCUUAAAGUAGGGGACUACAGAGAACAAACCUUUUCCAAAGAGUCUAAGCCAGAAGAUUCAACAAAGGAACUAAAUGCUGAAAUAACCGCUGCAAAGCAACUUGAUGGGAGUGUCAAUUCAGCUAGGCAUGAAUUGCAUUCGGAACUCGAAAGUGGAAGAUUACCUGGCUGCAUUACUACAUUUUUGGCAAUACUUCUGAGCUGGUGCGGUUUGUCUUUUCUGUGUAAUUUGUGUCAAUCACAUGAGCAGUCUUCUGAACAGCAACUAAGUGACGAAGGCAUGUUUUACUGCAGCCUGUGUGAAGUUGAGGUUCUAAAAUAUAGUAAGCAUUGUAGAGUCUGUGACAAAUGCGUUGAUGGCUUUGAUCAUCAUUGCAGGUGGAUCAAUAACUGCAUAGGAAGAAAAAAUUACAAAAGGUUCUUCAUCCUCAUGGUGUUUGCUCUUCUCUUGCUUAUUCUGCAGUGGGCUGUUGGGAUGCUUGUGCUGAUACUGUGUUUUGUUGAGAGAAGGAGAUUUUCUGCUGAAAUUGUUUCAAAGCUGGGUAGUAGCUUUUCCUUGGCACCCUUUAUCAUUGUGGUGGCUGUGUGCACUUUAUUAGCCAUGGUUGCUACUCUUCCAGUUGCACAACUUUUCUUCUUCCAUAUUCUUUUAAUAAAAAAGGGAAUCAGCACCUAUGAUUACAUUAUUGCUUUGAGGGAGCAAGAUCAGGAGCAGGAGCAACUUGCUGUUGGUGGGCAGCAAAGUCCGCAAAUGUCCCAAGUGAGCUCUUUUACUGGACUAAGCAGCACCAGUUCUUUCAAUCAAUUCCAUCGGGGUGCAUGGUGUACUCCGCCAAGAUUAUUCCUUGAGGAUCAGUUUGAUGUAGUACCUCCAGAAAUUGGCUCAUCUGCAAAUCACAAAAACAAGAAGAUGGCUGAGGAACCAGUGAAGAGAAGAAAUCCUGGAACUGUCAAAAUUAAUCCAUGGACACUCGCACGCCUUAAUGCAGAAGAAGUUUCAAAAGCUGCUGCACAGGCAAGGAAGAGAUCCAAAAUACUGCAGCCAGUUAGACGAGAAACUCUGCAAGAGCAAGAGACAGAGAGUAGUGUUGACAGUGCCAGUGGAAGAAUGGCCCUGAGGUCUGAUAACCGAAAGCGAAUCAACAAAAGGGGAAGGGUUCCUGUGGAUCUUCCUCUUGAACCUCUUGCCAAAAUUUCUGCUAGUGCUACUGAUAGUAAUGCAAGUGACCUGGCUCCAGAGACAUCCACAAGCUUAGCACCUCUUCAGCUUGAAGCUAGGAAUGCUUUUCGGCCGAGCAUGCCAAUGUCAUUGACCAGAGCUGUUUCCUCUUCCCCAGAGAGCAGUUUGGACUCACCUGACCUCCAUCCAUUUCGGAUAUCCUCAUCGGGAACUGAAGAAGUGCAAGGCAUGAAUUCUUUUUCUGCUUUAGGCAAUGUUCCACCUAAGGGUAUUCAUCUGUCAAGAUCAACCAGUGAUGGAUAUGAAGCUUCUGGAGGCGAAGAUAGUGAUCGGAUUCCAUCAAGGAUUGUUCACAGGUCGUCAAAUUGGGCAAGCAUUGUCCUUGGCUCCGAACAUAGCCAGAUAACAGAUGAUUUAAAAUCAUACACUAGACAACAGUGAUGCAACAUCCAUUCUGAAACCUAUCUGUAAUUUCCUUUGAUCGGAUAGACUAGUUAAUGGGAUGGCCAUUUGUACUUCUUUUGUGAAAAUUUCGGAUGGCGAAGGAUGCAAUCUACAAGCCUGGAUUUUUGUUCUAGCAAGAAAUAUUUUGGUAUUGCAACUUGCAACUAUUGUUUGAUAUGCAUGUUGAAGUAAUUCUCUGCUAGUAUUCAUCAA